CUCGCCUAACCAGAGGAAGCAAGACGCCAAAUCCCAGCCGCUCCCCCAGGUCUCCGAAGUCAGCCGCCUCCGGAGGCGCCAGGGCGAGGCGGGGAUGGAAAACAGCCGGCGAGCUGCGGAGGCUCCCAGGGAGUAACAAGCCGAGCCGGGCCGCCGCCUCCCCACCCGCACCCACGGGGGCCUCGCCGCGUUCCCGCGCCCUGAGCGCCGCCGCCGCUGUGUGCCCUCCGGUCCUCUCCGAACGUGCCGGCCGCAGCCACUAUGGCUCCUUGAGGUCCCAGACGGGGCCCGCGCUCCGCUGCUGUCACUGCGGGAACCGCGCGCCCAGACGGGACCGGGAUCAGGGCGCGCCGGGGAGGCGCACGGAGCGCAAUCGGGACGCGCCCGGUGCCGGGAGCGCCCGGACCUGAACCAUGAGCGACGCCAGCAGCAGGAAGGAGGGCUUCAAGAAGUGCCGGAGCGCCACUUUCAGCAUUGAUGGCUACAGCUUCACCAUCGUUGCAAAUGAAGCUGGAGACAAGAAUGCCAGGCCGCUUGCCCGCUUUUCCCGGUCAAAGUCGCAGAACUGCCUGUGGAACUCGCUCAUUGAUGGGCUCACGGGGAACGUCAAGGAGAAGGCCCGGCCCACCAUCGUUCAUGACCCCCGGCCCCCAGAGGAGAUCCUGGCUGAUGAACUGCCGCCACUGGACAGCCCAGAAGCCUUGGUGAAGACGUCAUUCAGGUUACGAUCUUUGGUGAAACAGCUAGAGAGAGGGGAAGCCUCUGUAGUAGAUCUGAAGAAGAAUUUGGAAUAUGCAGCCACAGUGCUGGAAUCUGUAUACAUUGAUGAAACCCGGCGACUUCUGGACACGGAAGAUGAGCUCAGUGACAUUCAGUCGGACGCUGUGCCCUCUGAGGUCCGGGACUGGUUGGCCUCCACCUUCACCCGGCAGAUGGGGCUGAUGCUCCGUAGAAGCGAGGAGAAACCUCGGUUCAAGAGCAUCGUGCACGCAGUGCAGGCUGGGAUAUUUGUGGAGAGAAUGUAUAGACGGACAUCAAACAUGGUUGGGCUGAGCUAUCCCCCGGCUGUCAUUGAGGCAUUAAAGGACGUGGACAAAUGGUCUUUUGAUGUCUUCUCCCUCAAUGAAGCCAGCGGGGACCAUGCACUGAAAUUCAUUUUCUACGAGCUCCUUACACGCUAUGACCUGAUCAGCCGCUUUAAGAUUCCCAUUUCUGCACUUGUCUCCUUUGUGGAGGCCCUGGAAGUGGGCUACAGCAAGCACAAAAACCCUUACCACAAUCUAAUGCAUGCUGCCGACGUCACACAGACUGUGCAUUACCUCCUCUACAAGACAGGAGUGGCGAACUGGCUGACGGAGCUAGAGAUCUUUGCCAUCAUCUUCUCAGCUGCCAUCCAUGACUACGAACACACGGGCACCACCAACAAUUUCCACAUUCAGACUCGGUCAGAUCCAGCCAUUCUCUACAAUGACAGAUCGGUACUGGAAAAUCACCAUUUAAGUGCAGCCUACCGUCUUCUGCAAGAAGAUGAAGAGAUGAAUAUUUUGAUUAACCUCUCAAAGGAGGACUGGAGGGAGUUUCGUACAUUGGUCAUCGAGAUGGUGAUGGCCACGGAUAUGUCUUGUCAUUUCCAACAAAUCAAAGCAAUGAAGACAGCCUUGCAGCAGCCAGAAGCGAUUGAAAAGCCAAAAGCUUUGUCCCUGAUGUUGCACACGGCUGACAUCAGCCACCCAGCCAAAGCCUGGGACCUGCACCACCGCUGGACCAUGUCACUGCUGGAGGAAUUCUUCAGACAGGGUGACCGAGAAGCGGAGCUGGGCUUGCCCUUUUCUCCUCUAUGUGAUCGAAAGUCCACCAUGGUUGCCCAGUCCCAAGUAGGUUUUAUAGAUUUCAUUGUGGAGCCCACCUUCACUGUGCUCACUGACAUGACCGAAAAGAUUGUGAGUCCCUUAAUCGAUGAGACUUCCCAAACUGGUGGAGCAGGACAGAGGCGUUCCAGUCUGAACAACAUCAACUCCUCAGAUGCAAAGCGUUCAGGUGUCAAGAGCUCUGGGUCAGAAGGAAGUGCCCCCAUCAACAAUUCCGUCAUUCCUGUGGACUACAAGAGCUUCAAGGCCACCUGGACAGAGGUGGUACAUAUCAACCGGGAGAGAUGGAGGGCCAAGGUGCCCAAAGAGGAGAAGGCCAAGAAGGAAGCAGAGGAGAAGGCUCGUUUGGCCGCUGAGGAGAAGCAGAAGGAGAUGGAAGCCAGAAGCCAGGCUGAAGAAGGUGCUGCCAACAAAACGGAGAAGACUUCAGGAGAAGCCAAGACUCAAGGCAAUGGUGCCCGCCCCAGCAAAGGUGACCACUCUCGUGGGAAGAACCCCAAAGGUGACAAGUCCUCCGGAGGAAAGCAGAACGGUGAUUUGAAAGAUGGUAAAAAUAAGGCAGACAAGAAGGAUCACGCCACCGUCGGAAAUGAUUCAAAGAAAACAGAUGAUUCAGAAGAGUAGAAAAGAUCUCCCAUACACUAAAAGAGGCUGCCAAUGUUUUGCAUCAUCUUAGCUUCUUCAUCCUCCUCCUCCUCCUCCUCCUUCCACAAAGACCCCUGUCUGGGGAAGGUGUACAACUUUCACACACACACACACACACACACACACACCCAGACACACACUUGGCCUUCUCUCAUGCAUGCCAUCUCCUCCUAGGGGAUGUCUUUUGAGGGGUUUGCUUGAGGUCUUAGAAUUCUGGGGGAUUUGUCCCCUGAGCAAAUGAAACCACUUGGGUAUUUUUGUAUAAACAGAGAAGCAAAAUGUGAAGGGACUUCCUCAUAAUCCUAUGCCAACCACCUGGCUUUCGUGCGCCCAUCUGGGCUUCUGACACGGGACAUCUGGGAUAUACUAAGAGAGACAAGCAAAGCCAUCCACAGGGACUCCCACCUGAUCACCAUCAAGGCUGUUAAUGUGAUUAUUUUUUCCCUGGCUGCUAAUCUUGGAGACAGCCAGGCUGGCCUUCACCACAGCUAGAAUGAUGAUUCCAACUUCUGGCUCUUUCCUGAGUCAGGAACAUUCAUUUCCCACAGCCCACCCCCAAUUUCUUUUUAGUUUAAAAAUAUGUUCAUAUGCUUUCUUCCAUUUGAAUAAUAUGAAAUUCUGUUGGACUUUUGAAAAAGGGUGCUGUCCGAUGGGGAGAUGUGCUUGAUGCUUGUGUUAUUUCAUUAUAUAUUCAGGACUGUAAGCUUGAAUGUGCUGGUUCAUGGUCACACUGGCAGGUGGCAGGGCCAUUGUUUUUUGUGGGUAGUUUCUAUAACUAGGGGUGAUGGAGAGUUCACCACUGGCUGCUCCUCUUCUUUUGGGUAGCAUCAUUUUUUAUUUAUUUUUAUUCAGGGAAAUGAUAAGGGAACUAGCAUCAGGAAUAUACAUCCAAUAAUUCUUUUCACUGUAGUGAGUUCUUUAUGAUACCAAAUAGAAGCUGAUUAAUAGCUGGAAUAGAAAACAAUUGUAGGCAUAGUAAGGAAGAUAGGAAUGACAUCAACCCCAGAGCCAAUUUAAAAGUGGAGUGCAAGCCAGGUGUACUACUACAGACAUCGGUGGACUGCAUUGAUAAAAGUGAACUUUACCAUGUGACUUUGGAUCAGAAAAGAAUCUUAUGUCCUUCCCAAGAGGAAGUGACAGGAAAUAGGAUUAAGAAGAGGAAGAGAAGCCAGGUAGUAGGCUUCCAGAUUUAAUUUCCACACUAAGAGCACAAAAAAAAACCCAGUUACUUAAACACCUCUGCAUUGGUAAGGUAAAAUAUUGGUGUUUUCAGGUGGACAGACGCAUCUGCAAGGUGCUUGGCUCUCUGGAAUAUUCUACAGCACACAGAUGUGAAGAACUUGGUUGUAUAGCUUGCACAACUGUGUGCUGAGGCAGCUCAGGUUUCUUUUGUUGGUUUCAUAUUUGAUCUCAAAAUAGAAGAUCUAUAUUUCAGUGGGUCUCACUGCUUUACUAAUAGAGACCACAAUAAAUAAAUUAGAUGACUUCAGGAAUGCAGGCGAUCAAGUGUGCGACUCAAAUAAGCCAUGUAAUAUCUCAGCUGUAGGGGUACUUGGCACCUUGCCACAGGCCCUGGACUCUGGGAGAUAGCAUGGACAGUGUAGGAACUGUGAGACACUGAUGAGGAUGGCUAUUGUUGAGAGAAGCCAACAGCCCAUGUCUGCUACUUACUGGCUUGGUGGUUUGUGGAAAUGGGAAUCCUAGAUAUCUAGAAUUUUCUGGAACUCUCUCCAAAGUUUUACAUGUUGGGAUUGACUCGGAAAUUUACACUGUGCCAGCUGUGAAUAACCUCAUGUCUAGGAGACAGCAGACUGCAAACCAUGCUGUAAGAGUGGCAUGGUUCUGUACGGGAUUAAAUACAACCACAUGUGUGUCAGUGGAACCUGCAUCUCUCACUUCGUUUCUGGCUUGUAUUUUUGUAUGUGGAGCUUUGCAGCCAAAGUAGAAUGCCCACAGCUUCCAUUUUAUAAUGUAGCAAGCAACCCCAAGCAUUUGCAAAAGAAACAGGAAUAUAGCCAUUAAAUGUAAAUGUUUCUCAUUUGCUUUAAGUUGUUAAUCAGCAGGGAAAAAAUGGGAGGAAAAUUUCACUUGAGACAGAGCAGAAAAAAACAAGAUCUCCGUGUACCUCGCUGUUAGUUUGAAGCCUUUUAAAAGUGUUUUGAAGGUGCAGUGAGUAAAAAUGUGAAAUUAACUGUUUUAAAAACAAGUACCAAAAAAUGUGCUGUUAUGCUAUGAAAUGAUACUGGACCUGACAAAUAUUAAAAUAAUUGUUCUAAAUCAGCCUGGCUAGAAGAACAUUUCCAAAGCCGUCACUCAUUUCCUGUGGUCUUUUCUUUCCUUGAAACUGCUUCUUGGAGACAGGCAGCUGUGUGGGACUAACACUAUUCCUUUGUACUAGCUGGGGCCUCUGGUUUGGGCUUGCACACACAGAAAAGCCUGUACACCCUAGUGAGUACUAGUAUUCAGAUGUCAGUGGAAACGGCCUCACUUCCACCCAAGUACAGGCCCUGCAGAAUCCUGUGAGAAUCCUUGAGUUUGGGUUACUAAGUAGCUCUACAGUCUUACGACUUGGUAGCAUAAGGACUUAUUCUUAG